AUGAUUAAAUGGAAUAAUACCAUAGUAAAUAUAAUUAUAUAUUUAUAUUAAUAAAUAACUAGGUCUGCGCUACAUCAAACUCAAAUUUAAUUAGGUAUAUUCAUCUAAUUAGUAGUUUGAUUCACAAAGUAUUAAAUAGUGUUUAACUAAUAAUAUUUAUAACUUGUAUAGAAAAGGCUCAUUUGUAGUUAAUAGCUGAAGCUAAUAAGAAGAUGCUACAUUAUAAUCUGCUAGUACAGAUAACUCUAUUGGUGUAUGGGAUUAUAACGCAGCGUAAUCAAAAGCUAAAUUGCGUGGCCACGGUAAUACAGUUUACUCAGUAUUCUUCUCUCCUGAUGGUAGUACUUUAGCAUCAUCAUCUGGUAGUGGUUCAUUUUGGAGUAAUGAUAACUCUAUCCGUUUAUGGGAUGUUAAGACAGGAUACUAAAAAGUCAAAUUAACUGGUCAUAUUGGAACAGUCUACUCAGUAUGUUUCUCACCAGAUGGAAAUACUUUAGCAUCUAGUGGUGCAGAUAAGUCUAUCCUUUUAUGGGAUGUUAAAACAGGUGAAAAAAGAGCCAAAUUAAUUGGUCAUAUUGGAACAGUAUAUUCUAUACGCUUCUCUCCUGAUGGUACUACAUUAGCAUCUGCAUCUGGUGGUUCAUUUUUGGGUAUUGAUAACACUAUCCGUUUAUGGGAUGUUAAGACAGGAAAAUAAAAAGCCAAAAUGAGUGGUCAUAGUGGACCAAUCUUCUCAGUAUGCUUCUCACCAGAUGGAACUACUUUAGCAACUAGUAGUGAAGAUAAAUCUGUCCGUUUAUGGGAUGUUGAAACAGGUGAAUAAACAGCAAAAUUAGUUGGGCAUAGCAAAUAAAUCUGGUCUGUUAGUUUCUCACCAGAUGGAACUACUUUAGCAUCUGGUAGUGAUGAUAAGUCUAUUCGUUUAUGGGAUGUUAAAACAAAAGAAUAAAAAGCCAAAUUAGAUGGUCAUACUCAUUAUGUCGGCUAAGUAAGCUUCUCUCCUGAUGGUACUACAUUAGCAUCUGGUAGUGCAGAUACGUCAAUCCGUUUAUGGGAUGUUAAGACAGGAUAAUAAAAAGCCAAAUUAGAUAGCCAUCGUGAUUGGGUCUACUCAGUAUCCUUCUCUCCUGAUGGCAAUACAUUAGCAUCUGGUAGUCGUGAUAAUACUAUUCAUUUAUGGGGGGCUAAAUUGGACUGAUUAUAUGUUUAUGCAUAUUUAUGAG